AUGUUAGAACAACUUUCGCUUAUAUAUUUUAACGACUCAUUGACAUUGUAUAAUUUGACCAAUUAUGAUUUUCAAGAUUCAUCAUCAACAAUUUUUAUUUCAUCAACACAUCCUUAUCCAUUACAAGUCAAUAUAGCACUUGCUGUUAUUGGUACAUUUACAUCAUUACUAACUAUAAGUGGUAAUGUACUUGUACUUGUUUCAUUUUUCGUUGAUCGACAAAUUCGUCAACCGACAAAUUAUUUUAUAUUUUCAUUAGCUAUAAGUGAUUUUUUAAUUGGUUGCAUUUCAAUGCCUUUUUUAACAUUAGCUAUAUAUAAAAAUCAAUGGGUGCUUGGUUCGUUUUUAUGCGAUAUAUGGUUAUCAUUGGAUUAUACUAUAUGCUUAGCAUCUAUUUAUACGGUACUUUUAAUUACUGUUGAUCGUUUUUGUUCAGUUAAAAUUCCUGCUAAAUAUCGAAAUUGGAGAACAAAACGACGAAUUAUUUUUUUGGUGCUUUUAACAUGGUUUGUACCUGCAUUAAUAUUUUUUAUUUCAACUAUGGGAUAUCCAUUAUACAGUAAAAAGCCAAAUUUAAGUAUUACUGAUCUACAAUGCGAUGUACAAUGGAAUAAGAAUGCUUAUUUUAAUCUAGGUUUGACUAUUGGUUAUUUUUGGGUAACAUUAUUAGUUAUGUUUACACUUUAUUUUUUUAUUUAUCAAGUUGCAAGUGCACUUGAAAAACGUUCACAAGCAAAUGCAAAAAAAGUAUCAAAUAUAAUAGGCGUUUCAUCAUCUAAUGUGACAAAUUUUGUAUUAAAUAUGUCUAAAAAUCAUCACCUAACACACGCAACAGCUACUUCAUCAUCAUCUCUACGAUCAAAAAAAAUGAAACCAACACAACAAUCAACUCUAUCAUCAAUAUCAAAAUAUGAGAUUAGUAUUGAUGAUGAUGUUGGAAGUUCAUUUAUUAAUAAUAAUGAUACUGAUAAUGAUAAUAAUAAUAAUAAUAACAAUAACAAUAAUAACAAAAGGUUAUCAAAUGGACUUGAUGUUAUUAAACCUGUAUUAUCAAAUGAAACUAAUGGUGAACGUACAUCAGUGACUACACUUGCUUCAAAUUUAACUAAUUUGCUUAAUAUAACUCGAGUUGGUGUUGAAUCAGUUAAAAAAUUAGAAGAAAAUCGAAUACUUUUACCUAUUACACAAAAUAAAACUUCACUAUCGCCUACAACAAGACAAAAACUGUUCGGUCGACACGGUGGUACUAGUAGUAAAGCACGAAAAGCAUUACGUACUAUAACUGUUAUUAUGGGUGCAUUUGUUAUAUGUUGGACACCGUGGCAUAUUCAUACAAUAAUUCAAACAUUUUGCAAAACAUGUCGUGAAAGCAUUGUGUUUAAUACAUAUCUCUUUCAUGCUUGUUAUUUUCUUUGCUACUUAAAUAGCCCAAUUAAUCCAUUUUGUUAUGCACUUGCCAAUCGACAAUUUAAAAAAACUUAUACACGUUUACUUCGUUGCGAUUUUCGAAAAUUGUAG